AUGAUGUCUCUCGUUAACUCCACCAGCAUCGUACACAUCCUGUACGGAUGGUACAUCUACAUCAUCCCCAGUCUCUUCCUCGCCAUAAUCCUAGGCAUAGCCAUUCAUGACUACAUCCUCACUCUCCGCAUGCCUCCGGGCCCGCGUCCUUUACCUUUUAUCGGCAACAGACUCUCCAUCCCCCAAAACUCACCCUGGAUCCAAUUCGAGAAAUGGUCCAAAGCCUACGGUCCAAUUUAUACCCUCUGGAUGGGUAGGAGACCGACUGUGAUCAUUUCUGACCCCAAUGUGGCAGUUGAUUUGCUCGAGAAGAGGAGUAAUAAGUUCAGUUCUAGGCCACGGUUUGUGGUUAUGGGGGAGUUGUACUGGGAUAAUGCGAGUAUUCUGGUGCAGCCGUAUGGCCGCGAAUGGCAGUUACGACGGAAGCUUUUACAUCAGGCGCUUAAUCCUUCGGCGCUCAAACUGUAUAAGCCGAUCCAGGAGGCGGAGGCGACCAGGCUUUGUCAUCAGCUUCUUAUGAAUCCAAAGGCGUAUGAAGGGUUGCUCGAUCGGUUUACGUCUAGCGUGGUUUUUAGUAUUUCGUAUGGUCAUCGGAUUGACUCGAUGAAUGCGAAGGUUAUUCGUGAAAGAUUGGAGUUCAUGCAGUAUUCUGCCUCGCUUAAUGUUCCUGGAAAAUAUUUGGUCGAGAGUAUGCCUAUCUUGAAAUAUGUGCCAAAUUGGCUGGCGCCCUGGAAGAAAGCCAUUCAAGACAAGGGCCGACACGAAGCUGCAGUCAACAUGUCCCUCGUUCGUCAAGUACAAAACGAAAUGUCAACCAAAGCCGACAUUCCAGAAUCACUGACGAAAAUACUCUUACGCGCCAAAGAAGAAGACCCAGAGUCGUUCAGUAUGUUGAGCGAACGGGAUUUCUCCUUUAUCCCCGCAUCUCUCUUUGGUGCCGGCAGCGAUACAACAGCUAGCACCUUGUGCAGCGGUAUUCUGAUGCUCAUCACAAACCCCAUUACAUUACAAGCAGCGCACGCCGAGCUCGACGCAGUCAUUGGUUCGGAUCGACUGCCUACUUUCCAAGACGAGAAGAAUCUUCCAUAUAUCAGCGCAAUGUGCUCGGAGAUCCUCCGUAUUCGUCCCGUUGCAGUUCUGGGUGGUACUCCGCACGCAAACUCCGAAUCGGAUAUCUAUCAGGGAUUUUAUAUCCCCAAAGGAACGAACAUUCUCUCCAAUUCCUGGGCCAUCAAUCUCAAUCCUCGCUAUUACCCGAAUCCGCAUCAUUUCAAUCCCUUGCGUUUCUUGCCAAACAACAUCACCCCAAGCUCACUAUCCUACCUCCCCAAGGAAUACGUCGACUCAACCCCACUGGAAAAAGGAGAACCGCACCCAUCCCGCGACGGACAUAGCUCAUUCGGCUGGGGUCGACGAAUCUGUCCCGGAGCUGGUCUUGCGCGAAAUUCAUUGUUCAUUGCCGUCGCAAAGAUGUUGUGGACAUUUGAUAUUUUGCCCAUUACAGAAAAGGGCGGAUCGACAAGAAAAUAUGAUACGUUCGCGUAUACGGAAGGGUUUAACGUGCGGCCUAGGCCGUUUGAGUGUGUUAUUAAGGUCAGGAGCGAGAAGCAUGAGGCUGUUUUGAAGAGGGAGUUUGUGGAGGCGGAGCAGACGAUGGGGAGAUUUAGUGCGUUUUCUGAGUAG